CUCGAACCCGGACUUUCUGCAUCGGAGACAAGCGCACUUACCGCUACGCAACCGCACCCUCAGACUAUAAAAAUAUAUUGACCUAAAAAUAACUGACCGGGCUCCCCCCGCCAGCCAGCACUUCGCGGAGCAAAAUCUAUAAUUAGUCUUUACUAAUCAGUCAAUACAAUCAAUAACGGGAAAGCAUGGACGGACAUGCGUGUAGGCCCUAUCUAUCCUUACUUUUUGUUCCGCACGACAGCGCAUUGUACAGAGCUCUCUGUGAAGUCGUCCAGCCCAUUGGUAAAUGUAUAAUUUACGAUUUCUGGUCCCAGCCUGCUAGAUCUAUAUUUAGAACCUGACGACGUCUCCUCGUCGUCUGCCAGAAGCAAGCCAAGGCCUGAGACCGUCAAAGUACGAGUAGAUCUAAGCUUAUUUAUAAACAUAGACCAAGGGAAGGUAUUACUCCAACGAUCCUAGAUAGACAUAAUAUCUAUCAACGUAGCCAACUGGAUGUUGCACCACUAGGCAGAAAUGCCGGGCUCCUGUCAGACAGACGUUCGUUGAAUAAAAAGCUCACCUGACCUCAGUGUUAUUGAGUUCUGGGUGUAGGGUAGCACCGAGCAAGGUAGACAUCAGGUGUCAUCAGGUGUCAUCAGGUGUCCUUUCUAUUUACUUCAUCUCAUUCAGGGGAGUCGGCAAUAGCAGCUUGUGAAACAAAGGGCGACGAGAUGGUGCUGAAAAAGACAAACUCCAGCCUCAACUCUGGGGCCACGCAGCGAGUGAAGAGCAGAGGGCUGUUCCGGUUAUCUCCCCCCGGGUCCAGCGAUCCCGACAACUACGUCACCAUAUCACGUGACGGCGAGAGCCAUCUGGAACCUGUCAGACUCGGACGUAACCGGAGAAAUGACCCCUGUCCCGUCCGGGAGGGCAGAUACAGGUCGGCAGAGAAACUCAUCCUGGAAUUCUUAGACCUAGACCUACACAAAGCGAAUUCUGACGCUCGGCAUCAGUUCGGAGACAUGGGGGAGCUAAACAGACGGCAAAGAAUUCCCCCAGUGACUCACACAUUUUCUAUGGAGAAAGCAAGUAUGUGGCUUUUGCAUGACAAGUUUCGUCAGAUGAUGCAGGAUGAGGAAUUCGCAGAGCACAUCACAGAAUGCGCCGAUCUGAAAAUAGAAAUUCGAGAAAUACGAGGUACGUCCAGGAAUUACUCGAGGAAACGGGAGUGGAGCUCGUUCGACAUGACGCAGACGCGCAGACGAGCAACAGAGGACGACGCGGGAGCUGUCUGUGCCAGGGGAAGUAAACGAAGCAGACUUACGUGUCAUCCCCGGGGCAUUCAGAGGCCGGCCAUGUGGGACAAAGACACACCCAAGAAAGAGGAUAAGAGAAUCCCAGAAGACGAGACGAGGGCGAGAGCAGAGAGACCCAAGGAGACAGUAUUCAUCCACGUAGUGCCACCAACACUCUUGGACGCCAGAGAUGCUCACUAUGACAGCAGAUUCAAGAAAUUUCAUUUUCUUCCCUACAACGUGAGAAGAACGUCGAGUAUGAAAGUGAAGCAGGAAAAGUCGAGACGUCUGGAGGCGUGGCAUGACGAAAUAUGGCGGGGCACACGGAUGUUUUAUGGCGGACAGGAAGACAGCAACUUCCACGCUCUUCGGGCUAGUGAGCAGGGUGAAGGUGACGUCAGCGAUGACCUUGAUGACCUUGAUGACCCUGAUGACCUUGUGACACCGAGACAGACCACGACAUUUGACAUCAUGGACUUUUGCAGACCCGAGAGUACAGACAAGAACGCUCAAAGGAGAGGCAAGCGUAAGAGAAAGGCCAGUAAGAUCUCCCUAGGCACAGCCCGGCAGUCGCAGGAACAGCCACACCUUCAGUACGUGUCCAGGGAGGAGGCUCUGGGAUACCUCCCUGUGUCGUCCGCCGGGGUCACUCUCGGUAUGUCGCAACUACACAAUGACCUUGACCUAGGAGAAGACGAGAGCCGCGAUACUGACGAGGGUUUGAACGUUUGGUCGCAAUCACAACUAAACGACGACGCAAGCGGUGACUCAUCGUUCGAACAUCUCCAAGAGGAAACAGCUGUCAACUCUGACAGAGACGCUCGUUUUGAUGAGGAUGUUGAAAACUUCGCCAAAGACUUCGUGCAGAUCACAAUGAGUUCAGAACAAAGUGCGGAGUCAUAUUCAAAGUCUGUUGGAGCUACAAGUACCGAUACCUCGCCCUCACUCGACGGUUUGGGAGACACUGAGAGCCGGGUCAAGUUCGGUAACUGCGUCCCAGCUUGUUUCUGUGUCCGUGUGUUCCGCAGGGGAGCAGACACGGACUGUCAUCUCAUUGGUCAGCACAUGAAAGGGAGGGAAUGGCGAGUGUGUUUGCAGUGUGAGGCGUCAAACGAGCUGGGUGAGACAGACGUGAAUAAAACAUUCACAGAUCGGGUGAACCAGGAACUAGGCAGAGUGUUUGACGUAAAGCGCCUUGGUUACCUUGCGAGUGUCGCUCGAGAGAAUGCUGGAAUUUUCAGAGAAACACACUCCAGACAUGAGCGAGACACGCUGACACCGGAUGUGUCAAAAGCUGAGAUUGUUGAGACAGUCCAUGGUGUGUAUGGCGCCUCCCAACACGCCAUGGUGUGUUCCCCUGAAGGCGCGGUUGUUCUACUAUCAGAUCACGCCCCACUGAGUACAACAACCCCGUGGGACGCCGGCGGGCCCCAUCAGGCAGACGUUGAGACAGACAAGGAGUUUGGGGUUUGUCUUCCUCCUUCUCUAGGUGAGGAGUCCGGAGUUUACCUUCCUAUAUUGGGUGAAGAGUGUGGGCUUGGCCUUCCUCCAUUGGGCGAGGAGUCUGGAGUUAGACUUCCUCCAUUAGGCGAGGAGUCCGGAGUUAGUCUUCCUCCAUUAGGCGAAGAGUCUGGAGUUAGUCUUCCUCCACUGGGCGAGGAGUCCGGAGUUAACCUUCCUCCACUGGGCGAGGAGUCCGGAGUUUGUCUUCCUCCACUGGGCGAGGAGUCUGGAGUUUGUCUUCCUCCAUUAGGCGAGGAGUCGGGAGUUUGUCUUCCUCCACUGGGCGAGGAGUGUGGAGUGUGUCUUCUUCCUCUGGGUGGGCCAGACGACCCAGACUCCGCACCGUGGUCUCUCCUCCCCUGCGGGCACACGUUCUGCGUCAGUUGUUGGAGGUACCACGCCUACAGGGCUGUGCAGGCCGGCCGGGUUCGCAUCCCGUGCAUGGUGGCCGACUGUUGUGUGGAGAUGAACGAGGCUAUGGUCAUGUCGCGACUCCCGUACGCGCUGAGCAGCCUGCAUCGGCGUCACGUGAUGGAGCGGAGGAUAGAGACGGACCCACGAGCCUCCUGGUGUCCCAAUGGCCGUUGCGGCAAGGUCAUUGUCCUGCUCGGUGACCUAGAUUCUGGGACCGCGCCUCGCCCCGUCACCUGCUCCUGCGGCUACAGCUGGUGUCACUCGUGCCGAGAACGUCCCCACUGGCCCUCGUCAUGUGAGCAGUCCAACAACUACAACAAAUUCCUGGCACGUACCUCACACCGAGACACCGUUGCUCACAGGGAUGCCUCCAUGCACGUGACCCUGAAGCCUUGCCCAACCUGCCAGUACCCGAUCGAGAAGCAUCUCGGCUGUAACGCGGUGCUGUGCUGCAUGUGCGGGGUCUCCUUCUGCUGGGGUUGUGUUCAAACCUUCAAGGAACACUCCCCGUACGCCUGCAAUACCAACAGCGCGGAAGGGAAAAAUGUGACGUAUGUUUUGGAAAACAAACUGAUGCUCGAUCACCCCAUCGUGUAUUUCUUUGAGAACUGUCUAGCCUGUCACAAGAGGGCGAGACACGUAGAGCCAGAGGCUGUGUAUAUGUUCGUGAAGGGACUCCGCCAUUAUGAAGAUUUUCGGAUCCGACUUCCGGUGACCUCGACCUUGACCUGUAAACGCACGGCGAAGCAGGAUGUGGUGGAGGUUGUCCUCAAGGCCAUCGACUUUCUCCGUAAGGCUUUCAGAGUGCUGGAACACAAUUAUGUCUUGUUGGGGCUGGCGAGGUACGGUCAGCGAGAGAAAACAGUGAGGUCAUGUGAACCGAUUUUGUUUCGUCUUCAGUUUAUUGUCGAUCGGGUUGAGGGCAGAUUUUUGAACAAGACAUUUACCAAAAUCUUUCAGUCGGUCAAGGUACUCCAUGAUCUCAUCCACAGUGGUGACAGGACAAUAUCGGAGAUGGACUUCGUGGUUCCUGAACUACAACGUGUGACGCGAGCCAUUGACUCUAACUGGAUCCACAAAGUUGACCCUAAGAAGUAUUACAGGUAUAAGUAGAUCUCUGGACAUCAGGCAGUCAUCUUUUCUGGGCAUCAGAGGACAAUCUUCUCAUGACAUUAGAGAAAAGUAAUCUUUUCAGGGAUCAGAGAGACAUCUUGCCUGGUCAUUAGAGGAAAGUAAUCUCUUCAGGGAUCAGAGAGAAAUCUUGUCUGGACAUUAGAGGAAGUAAUCUUUUCAGGGACCAGAGAGAAAUCUUGUCUGGUCAUUAAAGGAAAGUAAUCUUUUCAGGGAUCAGAGAGAAAUCUUGUGUGGACAUUAGAGGAAAAUAAUCUUUUCAGGGAUCAGAGAGAAAUCUUUUCUGGUCAUUAGAGGAAAGUAAUCUUUUCAGGGACCAGAGAGAAAUCUUGUCUGGUCAUUAGAGGAAAGUAAUCUUUUCAGGGAUCAGAGAGAAAUAUUGUCUGGUCAUUAGAGAAAAGUAAUCUUUUCAGGGAUCAGAGAGAAAUCUUGUCUGGACAUCAGAGAGAAUCCCAGGACAUCAGAGACAAUGGUGAAUGUUGUUGUGUCAAUGUGUGUACACGUUCAUCGUGUUGUUGUGUCAAGUGUGUUGACGAGUUUAACAUGAGAUGUGAAAAAGGGAAAAAUGACUAUGAACUAGAUCGAUCACAGAAGACUGACAUGUAAAGAGUGAGGUGCAUUCUGUGUGGUAUGUUUGUACUGAAUUUAAAAGAUUUUUUGCUAAUUUUUGUGUGCUUAAUAAAAUAUAAUUCACAACCUUGUUUUAACUAUAA